AUGGCCGCUACCACUACAAGCCUCAACCCGGCUACUAGGCCUAGCGUUGCCUCUAUUCUUCCUCCUCUCUUCCUGGGCACUGCGACCUUCAACACACAACAUGUCAAGGACCCUCUUCAGAUGCCCUACAGACAAAUCGUCUCAAGGGCAUUGGAGCUUGGUGUGAACGGUUUCGACACAUCACCAUACUACGGUCCUUCAGAAGUUCUGCUGGGUGACGCGCUGGCCGCUCACACCGCAGCCACCAACAUCCCCAGAGAAUCAUAUGUCCUCGUCACCAAGGCCGGCCGUAUCGCUGGCAACGAGUUCGACUACUCGCCCGCAUACGUGCGCUACUCAGUCCUCCGCUCUCUCAACCGCCUCAACACCAGCUACCUCGAUCUCGUGUACAUGCACGAUGUCGAAUUCGUUUCCCCCUCAGAAGUCCUCGCCGCUGUUCAGACAUUAAGACAGCUUCGCGAUGAGGGCAAGAUCCGCUUCGUCGGAAUCAGCGGUUUCCCCGUCCACGUCCUCUGCAGUCUCGCUGAGAUGAUCCUCGCCGAGACCGGCGAGCCUCUGGAUGCCAUUCUCAGCUACGGCCACUUCACCAUCCAAAACCCCACUCUCGGUUACGAUGAAGUCGUCGCCGGCGCCGACCACACCAACGACCAGAGCCCUCUGAGAAGAUUCCGCAACGCCGGCGUGCAAGUCGUUCUCAACGCAAGCAUGCUCGGCAUGGGCCUGCUCACGCACACCGGCAUCCCCACCAACUCAGAGCAAUCAGAGGGCAAGGCCGGUGUCAUUGCGAAAUGGCACCCCGCCCCCGACGAUUUGCGCACAGCCUGCAAAAAGCUCUCGACGUUUGCCAAUGAGGCCGGGGAGCGGUUGGAGACGAUCGCUCUUCAUUGGUCGAUGGAGGAGUAUGCCCGCGUUGGCGCCUUGGCCGGUCUUGGCGUCCAGCUCCCUGGCCAGGGGGAUCUGCGUGUGGGUGGCAGUGUCAUGGGUGUGACCAACGUUUCUGAGCUCGAGCAAACAGUCGACGCCUGGAAGAAGGUGCUCGAGGGAAUGGGAGCCAGCACCGAGACUGGUUCGGCAGACAAGUACGAGAAGUUGAAGGCGUUGGUGGAGCAGAAGAUGUGGCCUGCGCUGGGUGAGUGGAAGGGUUACAGCUGGGCCAGCCCCGAUGAGGGCUUCCAGAAUGAGAGGAGUGUGGAGAAGAUGGGCACGAUACCCACGGAGGAUGAGCUCAUGAAGAUUGUCACUAGAAUUUCCAGCAACUUGUAA